GGGACACGGAAAUCUGAGUGAAGAAAGAACUACAACGGUUGCGACUAGAUCCCAAUCGGCUUUAGUCACAUGACUGCCGUGACAUAAUCGGUAGUCUAGCCGGAAUUUGUGUUAUAUACACUACUGUUAUGUGUCACAUUUAUAGCAUCAGACUCAGUUACUGACAAAGAACAAGAUGAACAAAUACAGGAAACAGAUGGCAGAGCAGUUCCUGAGUCAGGCCCUGAGCAUCAUCUGCCUGCUGACCGGAGAGGAGUAUGCCAUUGUGAAGAAGAAGUCCUCCCACAGCAGCAUUCACCGGCAGAGCAGAGAGGUGCCUAUAAAGUGUGAUGAUGUUGCUGUGUAUUUCUCUAUGGAGGAGUGGGAGUAUAUAGAGGGACACAAGGAGCUUUACAAGGACGUCAUGAUGGAGACUCACCAAGCACUAAGGACUAUGGAGAUCCCAGGAAAUGAGAGCUCAGAAUUAACAGGUCACAGUGGUGGAAAUCUAAACACAGAAGCACAAGGAGAACUUGAACAGAAUAUUCAGUCAGUGGAGACCGCAUCAGACAUCUCUGCAGAACUAACAGGUCACAGUAAUAAAUAUCUAGACACGGAAGCACCAGAAGAAAUUAUACAGAAUAUUCAGCCAGUGGAGACCCCAUCAGACGUUGCUGCAGGUGAAUAUGAUGCUGUGAUUUCAUGUAAUUUGGAACAAACAGAAGAUCAGUGGCUAAGAAAUAUGACCGAAUCUGCAAAGCAGGAAAUAUGUGAGAAUGUUAGGAUUGGUAGGUGGUUAGGAGAUGAUUCCUGGCACCAGGAGCAGGAACGAAGAGGGCUCAAUGUCGGAUCAGCAGGAGCUGGAUCUUCCAACGGUGAUGUUAAGACUGAAGUUACACUUAAUGCUGAACAAACAGAUGAUCUGUAUGUAAAUUGUCAACAGGAAGUUGUAAAGCAGGAAGUCAUUGUCAAUAUCAGUACAGGUGAAUUCACAAACUGCAAUAAUCCUAGUCGUGGUCAAAGUGCUGAUGUUUCUUUCAAUCUUCAUCAAAAUUUAAGACGUCACAUGGGGAAUGUAUGUUCUGAAUGUGGGAAAUGUUUUACCUGUAAGUCACAACUUACUAGACAUCAGAAAUAUCACAAAGGAGAGAAACCAUUUUCAUGUUCUGAGUGUGGAAAAUGUUUUACUGUAAAAUCAGAUCUUGGUAUGCAUCAGAGAAUUCAUACAGGGGAGAAAGCCUAUUCAUGUUCUGAGUGUGGGAAACGAUUUUCUAAGAAAUCACAUCUUACUGAGCAUCAGCCAAUGCAUACAGGAGAGAAAGCAUUUUCAUGUUUGGACUGUGGGAAAUGUUUUACUCUAAAAUCAAAUCUUACUAAGCAUCAGAAAAUUCAUACCGGGGAGAAAGCAUUUUCAUGUUCUGAAUGCGGGAAAUGUUUUAUUCAGAAAUCAAAUCUUAUUUCACAUCAGAGAAUUCAUACAGGAGAGAAAGCAUUUUCAUGUUCAGAGUGUGAGAAAUCUUUUUCUAAAAAAUCAAGUUUUGUUAAGCAUCAGAAAAUCCAUUUAGUGGAGAAAGGAUUUUCAUAUUCUGAAUGUGGGAAAUGUUUAAAUCAGAAUUUAUCUAAUAAUAAUGAUGAUCAGAAAGUUAAUAGCGUAGAGAGAGGAUUUUCAUGUUCUGACUGUGGGAAAUGUUUUACUCAGAAAACAAAUCUUAUUACUUAG